CCCCAGACGAAAUGGCGCGUUUAGGUCUGGUUCUCGCCAUGGCUCUUUGCCUUACCAUCUCUGUGUUUCCGGACACAACCACUGCUCAGCUCAACAAUUUCUACGGAAAGUCAUGUCCUAAUGUUGAAGCUAUUGUGAGGAAAAUUGUCCAACAAAAAGUCAAAGAGACAUUCGUUACUAUCCCAGCUACUCUCCGUCUCUUCUUCCACGAUUGCUUCGUUAACGGAUGUGAUGCGUCGGUCAUGAUUCAAUCAACGCCUAACAACAAGGCCGAGAAGGAUCAUCCAGACAACGUGUCUUUGGCCGGAGACGGAUUUGAUGUUGUGAUCAAAGCCAAGAAAGCUCUUGACGCAAUCCCAAGCUGUAGAAACAAAGUUUCUUGUGCUGAUAUCCUUGCCCUAGCCACCCGCGAUGUGGUUGUCGCGGCUGAAGGACCGUCGUACCCGGUGGAACUCGGAAGGCGUGACGGUUUGGAGUCUACAGCUGCCAGCGUCCACGGAAACUUGCCAGGACCAAAUGAUAACGUUGACAAACUCAACAAGCUCUUUGCCAAAAACAAACUUACUCAAGAGGAUAUGAUCGCUCUUUCAGCGGCUCACACCCUCGGAUUCGCCCAUUGUAGCAAAGUAUUCAACAGAAUCUACAACUUCAACCGCACACAUAUCAUUGAUCCAACUCUAAAUAAAGGCUACGCUAAGGACCUUCGAUUGGCUUGUCCCAAGAACGUUGACCCAAGAAUCGCUAUUAACAUUGACCCAAUCACUCCAAAGAAGUUAGACAACAUUUACUUCAGGAAUCUCCAACAAGGCAAAGGACUCUUCACUUCCGACCAAGUUCUCUACACCAAUCGUCGCUCUAGGCCCACCGUUGACUCUUGGGCCAAGAACUCAGCUGCUUUCAACGCCGCCUUUGUUAAAGCUAUGACCAAGCUUGGCCGCGUUGGCGUUAAAACUGGACACAAUGGUAACAUUCGUCGUGACUGUGGAGCGUUUAACUAAGAGGGAAUACAGAAAAUUUGAAAUUCUGUUUUUGAGUUUUUUUCUUACAGCAUUUUGAUUCUUGACCGAUUACGAUUUUUUUGUUUUCUGUUUAUUUUUGCUUCUUGUAUUAUUCACAAACAUAACAAUUAUUAUAUAUAUCCUUGUUUUAUUUCUUUUGGCUUCAAUAUUAAUUACCUUAUUUCUUCUAUGGAAGUUGUUUAACAAAUCAAAACCUAAGCAUCCAAAAUCAGCACAAUAAUUAAAUCCCAAGACAUAUUUAAACACAAAAUCUAAAGAUGUUGUUCAACACAAACUCUGUAAUUAAAGAAUCAGAUAUACAGUGAAACCUCUAUAAAUUAA